CCCCCCCCCCCCCCCAUGACAUAGCAUCCAGUUGGUAUCGUCCAGUGGAAUGCUCAGACCAUAAAUAUUGACUGCCGCACGCGCCUCAGCCUUUUGUCAGUCAAGACCGCGAUGACGGAAAGACGCACACCUGAGUCAACGCCAUUCAUCCAACCUCCAUGCCACGGUAACUUAAACUCAAAUAGAAACAAAGAUAAGGAAACAGAAAUAGUACAACGCAAGCCAGUAAGUGUGCACUCCAAACCAACGAACGAAGUACUAACAUGUAUAAAUAAAGCUUUGCAAUUUGUCAAACAAAGUCUGUGUAGUGAUUUUCUUAUACAUAAACCUUAAAUCCUAUACUAUAAAUUCAAAUAUAAAUGAAUAAUAAAAAGGAAGAAAAUAACUAUCAGUAUGUAAAUGAAUAUAUGUAUCGUGAAUGAAUGCGGGAAAAGAACUAUCAGUAUGUGAAUGAAUGUAUGUAUCAUGAAUGAAUGCGUUGAUGUUACCCUUAUCAAUGUGUGGCCACAGGUUCGGCCAUCACAGGAAUAUUUCACUCAAAAAUGAAAAUUGAUCGCAAUGUGCACACCCUCAGGCUGUCCACGAUGUAGUUUUUGUUUCAUUAUCAUUACAUAUUUGUAGAAGCUGCAGUGAAUGGGUGCAGUCAGGAUAAGAGUCCAAACAGCUGAUCAAAGCAUCACAAUAAAUCGCAUGACUUCACACGACUCCAGUCCAUCAAUUAAUUUGCUUCUUGUGUGUUUGCUCUAAACUUCAAACCAUAUUGCUUUCUUAUAUUGCUUUUGUCCAGUGACAAGUCAUCUCAUCUGAAUCAGGAGAGAAAUAUGCAUGGAUAAAGCACCGUUUAGUAGUGAAAACAGUCAUAAAAUUAUGUUGGUGGAUUUUGAUAUUAGAGGACAACAGGGGUUGAACAUUUUCACUGGAGGAAGUGUUAUUAUGGAUUAUGGACAAAAGUAAUUCUUUUAAAUGAAAUUUCCUAAACGAUGGAUUUUUUUUCUAUAAACAUGUAGCUUUUCACUUCACAAGAUGCUAGCUGAUGGCCUGUUACUUUCUGUUGUUUUCAUCAUCUCUUUGAACCGAAUCCAUCCAUUCACAGAAUUCCAAAAUUCUUUGUGGACAUUUUCUUAAAGUUUUGAAGCAUAGAUACCAAAAUCAAGAUUGAUCAUCACAUUGAUCAACAAACAAAUAAAUAAAUAUAUACAUACAUACAUGCAUACAUAAAAUAUAUUAAAUAUAGUAUUUUUAACAAAUGUUUAACAUUGUAUAUUGAUACAAUUAUGAAUAUACCAUGUUUUUAAUUCUUUAGUAAUGAUUUAUUUGUCUGAAUUUUAGACCUAUUUUGUACUUUUGUGCAUCCUGUCCAGCAGUUACAAAGCUGCCAUGCACAUGACUGCUUAUAACUAUACAUCCAAUACUGAGAUUUAUGAAAUGUUUGAUUCCAAAUGAUUCUUUAAGAUUUGAACUUCUCUUGAAAUAUAGCCAUACAACCUAUUUAUUUGCAUGAUAAACAUGAAUGAAAUGUUUUGUAUGAGUCCAUAAUCAUAAACCAUUUAUAAAAAAAAAAAAUGCUUGACAAGCUUGGAUUGGACUGCUGACAUGAUUUGUAGUGCAGGCAGCAGAUUUAUAAAAUGAAUGACUAGUGCUGAAACAUUAUCCUACACAUUGUUUACACUUACUUACAACCUAAUUUUUUCAUCAUCAUUCAUUUAGCAUUAUUAUAUUCCUUCAAAUGAAAUAAAAAUUUUUGUUUGUUUCAUUUUCUCAUGCAUUCUGUCUUCACAUUGUCUUGAAGUGCUUUACACUGUGCUUUAUACAGUAUAGCAUCCCACAUGGCUAUUGAUGGAGUAAUUCAUGGGUUUGAAUAUGUGUCCACUCCAGAGUAGUGUUGUUUAUGUCAGCAGAAGAGCUUGCUGAGCAAGAACAUUGAUUAAGCUAUAAAUAAGAGUGAUGGAUGUCAUGCUGGGAAAUCUGAAUUAUGACACUGGUGGGUUUUGAUCAGAAAAUAAUCCUUCUAAUUUACUUGACCCAUUUCAGUAAAAAGACAUGUAAUAUCAGAUUAAAACUCAGAAAUGUAAUUAAAGCGUGUAGCCUACAAUACUGUUUCAUGGAGUUCAUGUAUUAUGUCCAUAGAAAUUAAAAUGCCAUGGUGGUCAAUGCAAUGUUGAAUUUAGUAGUUAUUUUUUGUGCCGAAUUUACACACUGCAACUUUGAAUGUGAUUUAAACUUGAUGAAAGGCUGAUUGUAAAUUCCAAGUGGUGAGUUCAAAGCCAUGAACCCAGAGAGCGCUUGAAGCCAUUUUGGAUGAAUGGUUUUUAUUAAUGCAUUGCCUACUGUGCAAAGAAGUUAAUUAGAAGACGGCUUUAAUUAAUUUGAUUCAGAUAAUCACAGAGCAGAGAAUUAAUUCAAAGUUUAAUCUCAAAGGCCAAACUGAGUUUGUUUUCUGUGUGAUACUAUAGCUGCACACAGUUGUAAUAAACUCUGAAUUAUAAUUAAGCCCAUAUUAUGGUUAAUUACUUGUGUUGUUGAUCAAUUAUUGUUGAAGAUUUCCUCAUUUGUAAGUUUUUCUUUUUUAUUUAUAAAAGUAGCUGAAAAUAAAUGUAUUAUGUAAGUUAAAUAAAGUUCAUGCAUAAAUAUUACAUUACAGUAAAGUUCUGAUAUAUUUGAUGGAUGUUGUAAUGUGAAUCAGUAAAAAUGCAUCAUGCAAUUGUUCCUCUCAUCUCUCCUUAAAACUUUGCUUGCUUAAGAAAAAUGACAAUAAAAGCCUUACUAUAAUAAUGAUAAUAAUUAUUAUUAUUGAUGUGUUGUCUUUAAAAGUGACUUUUUAUGACUUUUCCCCACACAAAUAUGGCGUUUAUACAUAAAAGAUAUAGAUUUAGGAAAUCUUUAGGAAAUGAAUCAUGACCUAAUUUAUUCAUCUAUUUCUUGUCACAAAAGGACCAUUGCAUACUGUCAGUGGGUGGAUAAUGUUCAAGAGACUCAAAGGAUGCUGGACCUUCCCGGGCCCUUCAGUGACCUGCUGAAGUGGAUCCUGUGUCAGCUGACUGGCGGCAUUGUAAAGAGGGAGAUGUACUGUCACGGCAUUGGCUGCUUUACUAAGGAAGAAGUUUACAGCCUCAUGGAGAAGGACAUGCGCACACUGGCCACACUGUUAGGGGAUAAGAAGUACAUCAUGGGUCCCAAGCUGUCCAGUGUGGAUGCCACAGUGUUCGGUCACCUUGCACAAGCCAUGUGGACACUACCUGGCACACGGCCCGAGCAGCUCAUUAAAGGAGAACUGAUCAACCUCGCCAUGUACUGUGAGCGCAUACGGAGGAAGUUCUGGCCCGAGUGGUUUGUGGACUUAGAGGACUUCUGUUACGACAGCGACAAUGACACCAGCAGCGGGACGCCCAGCUGCAUGCUGGACCUUGGUCUAUUUUCCAGGACAGACACUUUAGAGGAAAGCGAUCUUAGCCUCCUUUCACACAGUAAUACACACUCGCAAGACUCUGACCACUCCGGACGCUCGCUCUCAGACUCUGACAUUGAAGCAGAUGGCUCGGAUGUGGAGCAGCAGGUCAAGGGUCAAGUCAAAUAAAGGUUGCUUUUCAUCUGGUGUAACAGCAUUUUGCGAUGUGUAGUGGCUCCAAAACUCAUAUUGAUAUGUUUUCACACUCUGAUGAACCUGAAUUAAAAACAAAAUGUGUGUACACAACGUUUACACCACAACGUUUAAGAUUUACACCACAGAAGUUGGAUGCAUGUUAAAGAUCAUUCCUUCUGCCUUCUCUCUCAGAACUGUUUCUAUGUCCACAGUUUCAGUAUGAUUUCUAAAUAGUUUUCAUUUCAAGGAAACAUACGUUUCGUGAUUUUUUCAGUCCAAUCAAUACUUCUAAUAACUCUCAAAUUUUAAUCAAACAUUUGCUCCGGAACACAAUCAUGUAGCUAAAAACUAGCUUGUAUGAUUCUAGGAUGUUUGUGCGAAGUUGACAAUUUACCUUAUUUAUUUAUUUUUUUGACAGACUGAUUUCCUUUGUGCCAUCUUGAAAUCUGUGUGAAUUCCUCCCUCCUGUUAAAACCUAAUAACUCCUGCUCCCAGGUCAGGUCAAGUACAUAAAAUACAAAUGAAGAUGGAUGAAAGGAUUUACGAAGCAUGUAAUCCCUUGUUUUACACACACACAAAAAAAUAACAAAAUGAGAAUCCAGUCCUCUUGUAUAUUUAAGCGAAUACAAUAUAACUGAAUCCCUUUCUGUCAAUUUGAUUUGUUAGGGCUCCAGUGUGUGUCAUCAGUGUCAGACUCUUGAUCAGUCUGAACGGUGCUUAAUGCCUGUGUGCCAGACUGCAACCAUUUAUGCAUGUGUGACAGCCUUUCCUCUUCAUUCAUCCAUCCCUGUGUCUCUUUCUGUUCGAUUCUGUAAUACAGACCUGUUUGCGUGUCACCACCAGAGAGCACUGUGACCAUUCACAUGUUGAGUUGGUCCUAUGCAGCCACUUGUAUUGGCAUUGCGAGUGUCCCUCGCUUCAAGCUUCUGCCUUAAAAUAAUGUUUUAAAUUUUAAUAACAACAGUGAACCUCUAGUGAACACGAAACGGUCAACUUUAAUUGCUCAGGAGUCUGAUUAUACAUUUAUUUUAAUCCAUGUGUAUCAAAUCAUAGUGUGUUUAUUCCUGAGCAGAUUUGCCUUAGUUGAGGGAAAAUUGUUGUGAUUAAUAGCCGCAUGAUGAGUUUACCCUCUUUCUGUUGAAUUUACUUGAAACCCUAGCCUAUACUGUUAUGCAGAAUUCUCUAGUUUACUUUCCAUAUUGUUGUUUUGCACAUUUUAGAUUACUUUGGAUAAUGUAAAGAUAUGGAUUGAAACAUUAGAGUGAUUAAAGCAGGGUCCAUACAAUCAGUGAGAUAUGCUAUAUGUGUGUGUGUACGAUAUACUGUAGUUAUCUGCAAUACAUCAUUUAUCUGCA